CUUAUAAAUUUGGAUAUAUUUUUCAGUGGGAUAUAUUUGAAAUAGCUUUUCUAAAAAGUGUUUUUUCGUCAAUUAAAGUACUUAAGUCUGAGCUCAAUUUACGUUAAAAUUUCUCAUAUAAGUGAUGGUAUUUAAAACAUUGCAGAAACUUAUAUGUAUAUAUACAUUUGAAAUUUUAGUACAAUUUACAGUUUGUAAAUAGUUAUUCAGCUAUUUAGUGAAUAAAUUUCCACUCAACCAAAGAAUCAUUUCAAUAUUAAAUGAAUUUGGAUUUAAAGAAACAAAUGUCGAAAACUUAUAAUAAUGUUUUUGUUAUAAACAUGAAAUACUUCGUUGAUGUGUGAAAAAUCAAUAUUCUUACGCAAAAAGAAACUUCGACUUUAAGUGCUUUACCACACCCGUACUACAAAGCCACUCAACAUGACGUGAACUACACAAAGCAAUAAUUUUGAUAUUCACGUAGCACUUUCAAAUACGAGCUUCAAAGUAGAAAUAUGUAAAUAAAUUUUAAACUAACUUUGUUUCGUGAAAACAGUGAAAAUGGAUGUCCCAACGUUUAAUGAAAGUGAUUUAAAUUGCCAGUAUACAGCUCUACAAGAUUAUGAACAAUAUCAGUCGAGAUACCCUAACUCUUCAAUCUAUGUUACAAAAUCUCCUGAACUGGCGGUGUCAAGAGCGGCUGGCCAAUGCUCUUACGGACCAGAUCUCAAUGCCGCAAAUUUAAUUGGAGCUCAAGGGCAACUUGCACCUUCGCAAGAGCAAAAUGAAUCUGUUAUUCAAGAGCGUUCUUCAGUUUCCACUGUGAGAUAUAUGCAAUCAGCGCAGUAUGAUGAAAUGCCUGAAUACGGGCUUAAUGCUUGUCCUGUAGAAUCGCACUACAUUGAGAAUCCCACUAUAGCAUAUGGAUAUGUGUCUGAGGUUAAUUUUGAUUUUCCAAUUGAAGCCGGCAACACCAACUCAUAUUCACCACGACCAUUGCUAUUUGAUAACAACCUCAAUGGGUCAGAAACAGCACUUCCUUCGGAUGGAACAAGAACAUAUGAUGGCCACGCUGAUUAUCAGAGCAAAAUGGCGCAGCUAUCUUUGGCCCCAUUGGACGCUGUUUCUCAUAUGAGGGAUUCAAAACAUAUGCUAAUGGAAGGAUCAGGAAGUGACAUUUGCUCCACCAUGAGAUGGCGGGACCCUAAUCUUUCGGAAGUUAUAAGUUUUUUGAAUAACCCAAAUAAUGAAAUUAAAGCAAAUGCGGCAGCUUAUUUGCAGCAUUUAUGUUACAUGGACGAUCCGAAUAAGCAGCGAACACGAACCCUUGGUGGAAUUCCGCCUCUAGUCCGCUUAUUGUCGUACGAUGUUCCCGAGAUCCACAAGAACGCAUGUGGUGCACUACGUAAUUUGUCUUAUGGUAGACAAAACGAUGAAAAUAAAAGAGCCAUAAAAAAUGCUGGAGGCAUAACAGCACUUGUAAAUUUGUUAUGCCGAACACAAGAAUCAGAAGUAAAGGAAUUGGUCACUGGAGUAUUAUGGAACAUGUCUUCUUGUGAAGACAUCAAGCGAUCUAUUAUUGAUGAAGGAUUAAAUGCUAUUGUCAGCAAUAUAAUUAUUCCUCACUCUGGAUGGGAUGCUGUUUGUGCUGGCGAAACUUGCUAUUCUACAGUUUUCCGAAACGCCUCUGGAGUUUUACGCAAUGUAAGCUCAGCUGGAGAGUUUGCUAGAACUAGUCUUAGAAACUCCGAGCAUCUAGUAGAGUGUCUGAUAUAUGUUGUAAAAAUGGCUAUCGAAAAGAAUAAUAUUGGAAAUAAAACCGUCGAAAAUUGUGUUUGUAUUUUACGCAAUUUGUCUUAUCGAUGCCAAGAAGUGGAGGAUCCCAACUACGAUAAGCAGCCAAUGCCAAUACAAAGUCGACCUCCAUCGAACUCUUAUAAAGGAGAGAAUCUUGGCUGUUUCGGUACAAGUAAAAAGAAGAAAGAAGCUGCGCAAACCGAGCACCAGGCAGAAAAUAAUUAUACUCCGAGUACUUCAAAAAAUUCUGCACCCAAUAGUUUGUCACACAAAAGAUACGAGCUUUUGUGGCAACCAGAAGUUGUCCAGUACUACCUAGCUUUAUUGCAAAGUUGCUCUAAUCCAGAAACUUUAGAAGCGGCUGCUGGCGCGAUUCAGAAUCUCUCAGCUUGUUAUUGGCAGCCAAGCAUUGAUAUUCGGGCAACGGUGCGCAAAGAGAAAGGUUUACCGAUAUUAGUGGAACUGCUUCGUAUGGAAGUUGACCGUGUCGUUUGUGCUGUUGCAACAGCUCUGCGAAAUUUAGCCAUAGACCAACGCAACAAAGAGCUUAUCGGGAAGUAUGCUAUGCGAGAUUUAGUCCAAAAACUUCCAACUGGAAAUCCACAACACGAUCAGAAUACCUCCGACGACACGAUAACUGCAGUAUUAGCCACAGUUAAUGAGGUAAUAAAGAAAAAUCCAGAAUUCUCUCGAUCAUUGCUUGAUGCCGGUGGUGUUGAUCGCUUGUUGAGUAUUACAAAACAACGCCAAAAAUAUACUUCAUGUGUGUUAAAAUUUGCCAGUCAAGUUUUGUUCACAAUGUGGCAACAUCAUGAAUUGCGUGAUGUUUAUAAAAAAAAUGGGUGGAAGGAGCAAGAUUUCGUUUCGAAAUCAUUUACAGCUCAUAACAUUUCGCCAAACUCACCUAAUAAUGUCAACAAUACUCUUAAUAGACCUAUGGCGUCUCAAGGUCGGACCAGAUAUGAGGAUCGAACGAUACAAAGAGCUUCAAAUAAUGCAGCACGAAAUAAUACAGGAAAUGAUUUUACAGGUUGCAAUGAGUCACCACUGCUUUGCCAAAUGGCAGACGACGCUUCCACCAAUGGUGUAGGUAAUGAUACGUAUCAACGGAGAAAUCAAAACCCUCAAGCGGCUAUGUAUAUACCAAUAAUAGAAGCCGGACGAAAUCAUUCCAAUUAAAGAUUAUAACUUUUAAAUACUUUUCAUAUUUCAUAAAUAUAAUAAAAUGCACAUACAAAUAUGUUUCAAUAGACAA